AUGGUGUACACGAUAACCCUGACGAACCCGCUCGCCAGCGGCCACGACGGCAGCUGGGAGUUCGACUUGCUCAUGGAAUGCGUGGUCGGGACUCUCCCGGCAGAUUCCUCGCCAUCACCGCAGGGCAACGGACCAGUUCCGAACCAGAUUGUUGAGGCUGUAGCAGACAGCAGUGAUGGCGAUUGUGGUGGUAGCGAUCAUGACACCGAUGGCGGUAUUGGCGGGCCCACUGGGAAAAGCGGUGGCGGGGCAGGGGAGUCGGGUGUCGAGGGAGAUUCCCCGCAGCCACCGCCUUCCAUCGACGGCGGCGGCAAGAAGGAUUUAGUUGUGAGCGAUGGUGAGGUCGUGAGCGAUGAUGAGGUCGUGAGUGACGAUGACGUGGUGAGUGACGAUGACGUCGUGAGUGACGAUGAUGUCGUCAGCGACGAUGACGUCGUGAGUGACGAUGAUGUCGUCAGCGACGAUGACAACGAUUCAGAAGGCUUCAUGAAGAAGCGGGAGGCUCAAAGCGCCCCGCAGCAGCAGGCGCGCCAGCAGCAGCACCCCGAGGCCGACGUGGGCGGCGGUGAUGGUACCGUUGGGGUAGCGUUGGAGAACGAUGGAGCAAUGGAUGUAUCUGAGGACAAUUCGAAAGACGGCAACGACAAAAAUGUUGGUGAUGGUUGUCACCCUCUCGCUGAAAGCACGAAGCCCGCGGCGGUCGCGACUCGGUCGACUGACGGUGGUGAUGCUGUCACUAAUAACAGCAAGAGAGCGGUCGAGGGGACGGAGAAACGGAAAGGGGAUGGAGGCACACCGGUUCCCUCGUCUCAGCAAAUGGGCAGUUCUGGAUCUACUUCUGCAUCGAAAGACACCCAGGAAGCAGCAGCAAUGGCAACAGCAACAGCUAACAAGCGGGCUGAAGCAGAGACGCAGCAGCAGCAGCAGCAGCAGGUGCGGUCGCCGUCCUUGCUGCCUAGCGAAGAAGCAGACUCUAAUCAAGACGAGACGAUCGAGAUGGCCGUCUCUAAUCGCGGGGUGCAGCCGCCCGUGCCUGCCAUCAUGCCAACACCAGGGCUGGACCUUGCCCUCCACGGAGGAGAGCGCCCGUUGGCGACGACGCCUGCGCCGAGAUCCCCGACUGCUGUUUCCGUUCGAUCUUCAGUCGGCAGUAUCAUAUCGCUGGAUUCGAUCGGGAACGAUAGUGACAAUGUGGUCGGUGGUUCGGGGGAGGACUCGUGGAGCGACAGUGACGGGGAUACGGAGGACGAUGACAGUGACGAUUACGAGCCGGAUAUUCUCCCGCCGCCGUGCCACAUGUUGCACCGCCACCGCAAGACAUACAAGAAUGCGCUAUGCGAAGAUUGCUACAUAGAACACGCCGAAGCCCUGCGAAAGGCGAAGCUAGACGUAUCGGAAUUGGACUCUGACGCUGCAGGACGCAAUGAAAACGCCACACGGCAACGCCGGCGAAAGAGGGAGAAGGCGCACGGCAGCAGCGGCACAGGGGUCGGCGGAAAGCGGUCGCAGGAAACGCGUGAUUCGAGCAGCGAGAGCACCGGUAGCUCCAGCGGCGACCGCAAGAAGAGACGCAGAGUGGUGGGGGAGGUGAAGUCCGCUCUCCCUGACUCCGCUCCCUCGCCAGGGCGGCGGCUCGUGAAACCUCACCAGAAGGCCAAGAAGCCCAUGACCGGCGGAGACGACAGGAAGUCAGCAGCCACUAGAUUGUUGGAGGACACAUCCUCCAGCGAAGGCGACGGCAGCGGUGAUGACGAGAGGGAUGUUGUGGUGCACAGCAACAAGGGCAAGAACAAGAGACUGGCUGAGAGCGUUCAAGACAACCAGAGGGCAAACGCCCCUCCCGGAAAACAAAAGCAAGUCAGCAACGGCGCAGGCAGGGGAGGGAAUGGGGAUUUGCUGGGCGCGCUUAUUGAGAACCCUGCUCAUGCGCGGAGGAGAACGAGUUCUUCCGCGACAUCAUCGGCGGUCGCUCGGCAACCCAAAAGCCCGCAUCUCGUCAAGCAGCGUUCGGCAGAUGCUGUGCGCAUUGGCGGAUCGGUCACUGGCUCUGACGGAGGCUCCCACCCUCAGAUAGCGCGAGCGGUGUCGCUUGACACUGCUACCUCCUUGUCUUUGACACAGUACAAGACGGGUGGGGCUCGAAGAACAGAUGCACCUGAAAGUAUCCCGACAUCAUCGUCGUCGUACAAAAUUCCGAUGAAGGCUUCGAACGGCGUCAAGGCAGCAGGAGGUGCGCCAAUGGGCGUGUUGAAUAAGAAGCGUGACCCAGACGUCCGGCAGCGCUCGAAGCCCCCGGUUCGUGAACACAGUAGCGGCACCAACAGCAACAGUAUCAACACCAGCAGUGCAGCGAAGGAGGCACCCGCGCCCGUACCGGCAGUGUCGAGUAGGAUGAAGGCGCAGUAUGACAAGGUGCCCAACUUGGAAGGAGUCCGGCGCAAGAAAUCCAAUGGAAAAUUCUUCAUAUGGGUUGGUGACCAGCCGCUCGACGGGAUAGAAUACCCAAGCGCCGAGGAAUGUGCCAAAGCGUACCACCAGCUUCACCCUCCAAGCUCUUCUCGGGGACCCCAAAAACCGUCUAAGCUGAAUGCCAGCGGCGGAAAGGCACCAACACACGUCGAGAGCCAAGGCCUUACGCCUCUCUUUCCUGAGCGAGGGUCGCGUAUCGCAAAGGGGACAUAUAAGUCUGGGUACAACAAGCUUCCAUUUUUUGCGCCGAAAGAGGCACGUAAUCGGGCGUUAGGAAAGAAGCCUCCUGCGGCAGCGCGAGAACAGAAGGCCAAGGAAUCAGCAGCGGAUAGACGACGGGCUCCAAGCACGCCGGCACCUCGGAAACAUCAACAUGGGGCGGCAGCAGCGUUGGCGUUGAUCGGCACGCCAAACUCUGGGCAUCCGGGCAGGCCCAAUGGGAAGCGCGAGCCCCUUCCGCUCGUUGCUGGCUUUGACAAACCGUGGAAGUCCAAGAUUCGCUGGUCGUCGCCGAUAAAGAAUGACGAGGACCUGAACGGUAGGCGCAAGCUCCCGCCUGCAUCAGCACUUCCGGGCCGGUCGGGGUUACGAGGAGGACGUGCAGGAAGGCCGGUGCCCGACACGCGACAAGGCUGCGCACAGACCGGUCUUUCCGGUGAGUUUUCGUCGAGCGAGGAGGACUUGCAGGAUCAGGAGACAGGAGAGGCUGCAACUAAGGGAUCCGAACUGGCGCGGCUGUCUGCCGCCGAAGCAGGAGCGCCGGCGAAUGGGUCCCCUCUCGAACGGUUGCCGGACUCCGGUGCCAGUUCCGAGAACAAUGAGCUCGGGAAGAUUCGCGUCCCGCAACAAGGGGCCGUGGUGCCGACGGCGACAGCAGUCUCGCCUGCCUCGGUUUCAGCAGGACCUCCUAGCCUGCCUGAUGGUGGACGGGAUCGUGAGCCCGGUGAAACUUCAAAAGCGCCAUCUGGCCGUUGUGCAUCAGGAAGCAGCAAUCCUGAAGAACUUGACGAUGCAGACACAGCAACGCCCUCUUGCGAUCAUCGUGUUCGGAACCGUCAACGCAACGCGGCGGCUGAAAAUGCACAGGGAGGAUCGCCUAGUUUGCAGUCCGCGGAGUGUGUUGAGGAGAACCUGGACGAGGAACAAGGGAGGGAGCUGAUGAUGAGUAUGAUGGCGGGCGGACCUGGGGAACGAGGGCAGAUGCCGACAACGAACAUGGUGGCCGGCGGCCCUGUCUCGGAAGAGGAUGAGGCGGAUCUUGGGGGCGAAGAAGAGCAAGGGAGGGAGCUGAUUAUCAGAAUGUUUUCCAGCGGCGACCCUGCGGCGGUAUCUCCCCCGACGGAAGUACAGGAUUCGGUUCCCCCUUCGCCCCAGACCCCUCAAUCUGACCACGAUGGCCACAUUAGUAGCAGCAGCGGUGAAAAUGGGGGUGAUGAAGCGACGCCUUUUGCAGAGGAACUUCCACCUCCCGUCACUACGGUCGCUUGGAGGACCCCGAAGAAGACUGUAGUGGGUGGCGGCGGCGGCGGCGGCGGUACCUGCAACAGCCCAUCUUGUGAUUCAGACCGCCUCACCGCCAGCGUUGCCACAACAGCGCACAAACCUAAGUUGUCAUUGAGGAGCUUUACCAGGUUUUCAGACAGUGGUGCUGCCCCCGCUGCACCUGUGGCUGCAGUCACGGCGCCGUUUCCUAUUUCGUACGAACGACCGCCACAACUUUCGAUCGACAACGAUACACAUGGUCAACUCUUGGCGGACGCUCCCACUGUGCCCUUGCCGCCGAACCCGCCACGUGCUUCCAAUGGCACAGUCCGACAAGUCGUUUGGCGAAAUCCUCGGCAGACGGCAGCGGUUUCAUCGAGUUAUCCGGAGGCACAGCAGGACAACGAAGUACCGCAUUCAGCUUGCCAGCCCGAUCUUCCUCCGGAGGUUGCUGUGCGGCCAGGAGCAGACGCCAUGCACCCCCCAGCGGUUCCGGCCGUAUCGGUGGAGACGCCGCCAAUUCCAUGGCGAACUCCAGGCCGUUCGGGCGCUGUUGGAAGCCGUUUGGACAACGUCUCAUGUUGUUCCGUGUCUCAGGAGGCAAGACGGCACGAGGAGUUGCAGGCCGCGUCGUCUUCUCCCCUUUUGUCUUCAUCGUCACGUGUCGACGUGGAAUCCAAUCGUAGCGACGAGCAGGCCAAGCCACUGGACCGAGGAAUCCGUGUCCUGCCACCUUUUGGCUGGUGCCGGCAGCCCAACGAGAGGCACAGCAUCCCUCCGAACCAGCUCGAAACCCUACCAAGCAAUGCCUCGCGUCCGACGGCCGCGAGCGAGGGGGUGGCGAUGCGCCAGCGUCGGGAGGGAGAUCAUCGACCGAAUGGGCGCCGGCCGUCGGUGAGCAGGGAGCACGCCAGUCGCGCCGAUGAGGGACUAUCGAGGAGCACGAGCUCUAGGUCAAACCCCCGGGAGAGAAGCAGCAGCAGCAGCAGCAGAAGUAGCAACUCCAGGCAGCGGAGACCUGAUCGCACCGCCAGAGAGGAAUAUCGUAGUCACCGUGAUGGUCGCAGCCGAUGGGACGAGCGUGACGGGUACGACCACGGAAAUCAGGGUUCUUCGCGCACGAGCAGCAGCCGGUAUACGGGCGUGGGCGGACGCAUGGUGGGGUACCACGGCGCCGAUAGCGUUGACCUCCGUGACGACGUUAAUCGUCAUGCCAGGGGUGGAAGAUAUAUGGGCGGUGGUGUUAGCGGCGGCCGUGGCUACGGCCACAACAGGAACGGCCCCAACAGGGACCCGUUCGGCAGGGACGAUAGGAAUGAGGGAAGAGGCGACGGCCCUGGCUUCAACACCUACCGGGGGAGCAACUGGGGUGGUGACGAUGGUUGUGGUCGGGGACGCGGUCGUGAUCAUGGCUCGGUAGACUGGAGACAUGGGCGCGAUCAUCACAGAUCAGAGAGCCGUCAUGGGCGCUCGAGGUCACCUCAACGGCAUAGAUGGACCUGAUAGGUUCAGAACCCAAGUUGUUCGGUUGCUUGGUUAUUUUUUUCAACGGCGCGCAGCACUACCAUCCCUGAUGUAGGGGCUGCGGAACGGUGCUCUGUCAUCGCACUUGCCAACGAGGAGGAAAUCGAGACGAUCUCUUUAGGUUUCUUGUUGGGCAUACUGUGUGUUUGCUGCUGUCAUUGUGUUGGGUGUCGAUUUCCCGUAGAUGGCAAGAAUGGAUGUAGACUGGUUCGUAGCGGUCCUGGCCAACCUUCACAGUUCAUCGAGUACAAAUGAUGGCGUAUAGAGGUUUUGCGUGGGUUUUCGUGUUUGUACGCGUUGCCGUUCCUUGUCGUUUUUCCUACUACUUUAAUACUACUCCUGUGGGUAUGUAGUCUACUGUUGUUUGGAUAUUGUUGCUGAUUUUGAGAUUUUCUUACGGGAUCGUUUGAUCCGACCGAAAAAUACAGCAGUAAUAACGUUCGUUGCAUACAUACAGAAUGAUGGGGUGUCUUGGAUUAUAUCAUUUAUAUAUAUUUGUUCACGUGGGAUUGAUCAUGUUCCAUGAGGAAUGAAUGCAGUGUUGGUCGGUUCAGAUUACUGCUGUGAUGAUCAUCCAUAAUAUAUGUUUUCACUUGCAGGCUACCCCUUGUGCUUCACGAUCUGCACGUGUUAGU